GUGCGGACGUUUAAUUACUGACUAAAAAGUAGCUAUUUUCGAAGUGAAUUUAAGAAUAAAACCGCGAUUACACACACACACACACACAAUGAGUUGGCGCUUUAGCUGCCUUCUGGUGGCCACAUUGGCGAUGAUAGCAGAAAUGCAUGCGAAGCCACUAAUUGCAGAUCCCACUUUUUCUGAUAUUGACCUUGUGGCCGAAGACUCGCAGCGCGCUGAAGUUUAUGCAGCUGCGCCAGCGCGCAUAAAACGCGCGCCACAAUUUUGGGAUUUCCACAACUAUCCGCCACCACCGGGGCGUGGACCUGGUUUUCACGGUCACCAUGCUUUUGGCUACCCACCAGGUCCGCCAUUCGGAGGUCCGCCCGGCUUCAAUAGAGGACCGCCGCAUUUUGGACCACCAGGUUAUGGACCACCAGGUUAUGGACCACCAGGUCAUGGACCACCAGGCUAUGGACCACCUGGUCAUGGACCACCUGGUCAUGGACCACCUGGUCAUGGACCACCAGGUUUUGGAGGACCACCAGGCUUUGACCGCGGUCCACCGCCACCUCCGUCGCCAUAUCCGCCGCAAUAUCCGCCACCACCACCGCCGCCACCUCCGCCGCCUUCGCUAGUUAGUACCACUUCUGCUCCUGCUAUUCAACCGACAACUGAUUCUCCACCAUCAACAAAUGCACCUUUGCCUACCGAACAAACAUUUUCUCCAAUACCCAGCACUACACCAGCACCGCUGGUGGUGACAGUUACACCAACAACCUCUUCCACAACAACCGAACCAGUCUUUGAUAUUGACGUUAGAUUUGGAGAUUAAUUAGUGCCAUUACAGAUAGGAAGAAGAGAAAUCAAUUAUAGAGUUCGUGCGCUACGAUAUUUUGCCGAAACUUGCCAUUCGGGCUUUGAAAUCAAAUUGGUGUUAAUAAAGUAGAAACGAAAGACUUCAGCAACGAACUUGACAUAAUUUUUGUAUUGUAGAAUUUUGGAAUUGUUCUAAAAAAAUACAUUCUAGCCAACAUAAAACACUGCAAUGUACAAACAAUUCUCACAUUUUAUAGCCUAAAGAUAUUUGAAUUUUAUUUAUUUAUUCUAAAAUUAGAAGAACAUAUUAAAUUAAACCAGCCUAAUUGCAAGAGUUUAUUUGAAUCGUUUAUAAGCUGGCUAAUUGGCUGUCAAUCAGCAACUCUUUCCCAUGAGUCUCCUACCUAUCCUUACUUAAUGAAAACCGCAUAAAAUUGUUUUUAUACUUGAGCGCAUUUGUGCACGUCUGUUGUUUGUAGCAGGCUAAAGAAAAGUCGAGAAAUAUAUGUUUAGAUAUAUAGUAAAUAUAUGCAAAAUACUCAGAAUGAAAAGAGAAAUCGUCCGCAAGUCGGUCUGUCGAGCACACAUUAAGAUAUCUCAAUAGAAUAUGUUAUGUAGGUUACCUCGAAGCAAGUUAGAAUUUAACGAAAUUUUAAUUGGGAAAAAUGUUUUGGUGGAAAGUAUACUACAAAAAUACCUGAUACCUGCCAUCCCAGCAAUUUUUAAAUCAGUAUCGUGGAUCCCAAUAUCUUCCACGCAUCUCUAAUUCGAAUGGCAGGGCUGUUGGAAGAUAUUCUAAUACAGUUUCCAAAAAGAAGCUCUUACUGAAAAAGUUCUGCCUGAAAUCGUUCAUUUAAAAGCACUCUUUCAAAUACAUAUGUAUGCAUGUUUUUAUUUCUAUAUAAAUUCUUAAUGAUACAGGCAGUCGUUGACAACUUGACGAAAGUUUAUUGCAAGUUUUGAAUAAGAAAUGCUGCUGAAAUACAAAAUAUAUAUUGCAACUUCCGUUCAAAUACCUGCGAUGGUAAAAAAUAUUGGUAUUUAUGCAGGUAUGUAUAUGCGUAUAACUAUUUAUAUACAUAUUUAUAUAAAAAUAUCGCGUAUUUUUUGUUAAAACUUCGCUUAAUAACAAAUGACCGAAAUUCAAACAAAUUUGGACAGUACAUUGCUUAGGCCCAUGGCACUGACCUAGGCUAUGUUUAAACCGGCUAGCUGGCGCAUGGGUCGGUAUUUUCCGAAAAACCGGAUUUAUGUAGAUGCGAUUUUAAUGAAACUAGAAACUUAUACUGGGGGUACGACUGGAUAUACUCUUACGAAAACUAAAUCCAUUUGGUGGCGCCAAGAGUUAAGAUAUACGAAAUUCGUAAGAUCUGUAUUUAACGUCGAGGUUCCAUAUUUAUAGUUCGAGUUAGUUCAAACCUUGGCGGCCGUUGUGGUGUAAGUGGUUAGUAGCGCGCGCUAGCUUUCCGCAGGGCCGGGGUUUGAGCCCAGUCUCCGCCCAACAUCAAAAAAUAAAAAAAAAAACAAGAAAUAAUUUUUCUAAUUGCGGUUACUCCUCGUCAGGCAAUGGAAAAACUCCUAGUGCAUUUCUGCUUUGAAAGUUCUCAUAAAACUCUAAUCACCGUUCGAGUCGGCUUAUAAUUGUUGGUCCCUUCCCUUUGUGUGACAACAUCAAGGCACCCGCCACCAAACGGAGAAGAAGCUCGUAGCGCCAAUCUAUUAAGCUUUCAGCAGUUAAAAUGUUUGUUAUCUAUCGGCUUUUUGAGUCGUGGAUAUCAGCUAGCUUUUCCAUACAAAUUAAUCACAAAAAUUGCCAAUAGCUCGAUACCAUUCUUUAUUAUAAAUUUGUAAGUGGAAAAAUGUUUGUCAAACCCUUUUUUU